UAACGUUGUUGCAGAGGAAAGCUGGAAAAUAGAGAGUUCGAUGAACUCUUGUUACUAUAAUGGAGGCUCAGGAGUUUGAAAACCGAGAGAUUUCCCCCGGUUCGAGGUUCCUGAUUGAGAAUCAGAUCAGAAGUAGCUCAAUAUGUUGACAACUACCACCGAUGAGGAAAUAGACUUGUCCUGCGACGGAGGUGUCACGGAGCCUCAAAAAGUUGCUAUAAUCUUCGCGUUUUGUGGUGUAGGAUACCAAGGAAUGCAAAAGAAUCCCGGCGCGAAAACCAUUGAAGGCGAGCUCGAAGAAGCUUUGUUUCAUGCCGGAGCUGUACCGGAGUCCAUUAGAGGCAAGCCAAAACUAUACGAUUUCGCACGAUCUGCACGGACAGAUAAAGGAGUUAGUGCUGUUGGACAAGUAGUUUCAGGUCGCUUUAUCGUUGAUCCACUUGGAUUCGUGAAUCGUCUCAAUUCAAAUCUCCCUAAUCAGAUUAGAAUCUUCGGUUACAAGCAUGUAACGCCGUCGUUUAGCUCCAAGAAGUUUUGCGAUCGAAGAAGGUAUGUGUAUCUGCUUCCAGUGUUUGCUCUUGAUCCAAUCUCGCAUCGUGAUAGAGAAACAGUAAUGGCUAGUUUGGGUCCGGGAGAGGAAUAUGUUAAGUGCUUUGAGUGCUCAGAGAGAGGUCGUAAGAUUCCUCCAGGUCUUGUGGGUAAAUGGAAAGGUACCAACUUUGGGACUAAAUCAUUGGAUUUUCAGUCAGACAUUUCGUCGAACAACUCUAGUGCAUUAAGAAGUGACAUCAAGAUUGAAGCUUUGAGUUCUAAUUUAGCUGGCUUAUGCUCAGUAGAUGUUGAAGUAGGUAGGAUACAAGAAGACAGUUGUAAAUUGAAUACAAAUUCAUCAGAGACUAAGGUAAAGAGCAAGUUUUGUUAUGGUGAAAAGGAAAAGGAAAGGUUCAGUAGAAUACUAAGUUGUUAUGUUGGAUCAUAUAAUUUCCAUAACUUCACUACAAGAACAAAAGCAGAUGAUCCGACUGCGAAUCGUCAAAUCAUCUCCUUCACUGCUAAUACUGUGAUUAAUCUUGAUGGGAUUGACUUUAUCAAGUGUGAAGUCUUAGGCAAAAGCUUUAUGCUUCAUCAGAUUCGGAAGAUGAUGGGUCUUGCUGUUGCAAUCAUGCGGAAUUGUGCUUCUGAAUCACUUAUCCAAAGUGCUUUCAGCAAGUAAGCUUCUCCUUUUUCUUUGGUUUUGAAGCUUUGCAAUGUCUAUAGUUUUGUUUGUUUUGAUACUCAGUUCGGAAAUUAUGUAACCAGGGAUGUGAAUAUAACUGUACCAAUGGCGCCAGAAGUUGGACUUUAUCUGGACGAAUGCUUCUUCACGUCUUAUAACAGAAACUUUGAAGACAGUCAUGAAGAAGUGUCCAUGGAAGCAUACAAAGAAGAAGCUGAAGCAUUCAAAUUGAAGCAUAUCUAUUCUCAUAUCGGCGCUACAGAGCGAAAAUACGGAAAUAUGGCUCUUUGGUUACAUUCCUUGAACUAUAGAAACUAUCCAGACCUAAACUUUGGCAGCUGUGGACAAAACACAGACCAAGUUCUUGUUCAUAAGAAAAUUGAUGAAAGAGCAAGUCAUAGUCUCUAAGCAAAAUGAUGGAAGCUUAGUUUGAAGAUUUUGACAUUGUUUUUGUUAUUGUUGGUUAAUCCCACCAUUUUUGUAACUUUUUAAUCAAAUUAGUAUAUUUUUGUGUUGUAAGGUGACACUAAUGAAUUGAUUUGUUAUC